AUGGCCGAGAACGCAGCGCGGACACUCGAGCUCGAGGAGGAAGUGCGCUCGCGGCUUCUGGCGACGCAGAAGGAAACCAUCACAAAGCAGCUCAAGGUCGAGAAGGCCAAGGACCAAGAAUACGUGUGGCACCCGGUGCUCCGCGAGCUCGUGCCAGUGCCCAGCAUGAGCAACAUUGGCGAAGAGUGGCGAGACCACUAG